AUGAAGGAAGAGGAUCGGUCCAGUGCGGGCCCGGGUGCCGUGUCGGGGUCGUUGGCACGCAACGGGGUGAGUGAAAUACCGCUCGCUGAUUGGCCACUUGGAGGAGAGAGCAGCCCGGGGGAGCACUCACCACAUAAAACCCUCGACUAUCCCACCACCCUCCAUCUUCCACCCUCUCCUCCUCCUCUCUUCUUUCUUCGGUCUCAUCAGAGAAACUUCUCCAAAGGCCCAAAUUCCUCCUCGACUACUGGUUUCCAUCCCGGACAGGACCAUAGACCCCAGCAGAACCCAUCUCAGGCUCCCCUACGCACUCACUACCUCUGCACCGCCCCAUAG